AUGGGGCAGUCAGGGACAAAGGGAGAAAUAGGAGAAUGUCGCAAAGUUCACGGAGGUUGGUCUACUUGGGGAAAAUGGAUUCCAGAUGGAAAGUGUAACAAAUCUUGUGGGAAUGGAACCCAGGAAUAUGUAAAAUAUCGGUCAUGCACAAACCCAAGACCGAGAAAUGGAGGAAGGAGAUGUUCCGGCGGAAACUCCAAGUACGAACGUAAAGCCUGUCAUGUUCAAAACUGCACCAGAGUUGUUGAUGGAAGAUGGUCAUCAUGGGGUAGCUGGAAACCAGCGUCAAAAUGUAGCAAAUCUUGUGGAAAUGGAACCAUGACCUACGUAAAAUAUAGAUCAUGCACGAAUCCAAAACCUCAAAAUGUUGGCAAGAGAUGUUAUGGAGAAAGUUCUAAUUAUACCUAUGGAUUUUGUUAUGGCUUUCUAUGUGAAAAAGCAUGUGAGGAUGUUCCAAUUAAUCGAAGUGAAGUUUUUAUUACGAGCAACAAUUACAAUGGGAUCAACAUUUACAAUAUUUUCAACAGAUCUGGAAUUCAACUGAGACCUGUAAAUAACAGCGUCACUUUUCAUGUUAGAUUUCAAUCUCCUGUGAAUAUAACAAGUCUGGAAGCAACAUUGAUAAACCAUGACCAAAUGGACGUCGACCUUUUCAGUGCAAACGGGACCCAGUUAAAACGGAAUGUUACUGAAAGCAACAACUACAGAGUGAUUGUCACUCAAGUCAAAGUAACAGUUUCUGUAAAUAAUCCAGAGGAGGAUAUAGUAAUUUCAGGACUGCGUGCCGUGGCUUGUGAUCGAACUGAUGAAGAAGUCUUUCUCUGCCCGAAGAAAAGCGGCUUCUUCACGCAUCCAACAGACAAAACCAAAUACUAUAAUUGCAAUCAGGGGGAGCCGACGGAAAUAUGGUGUCCUGAGGAUACCUCAUGGAAUUCUUCAUUGAAAGUCUGCAAAUAAACCUCAAUGCUCAUGUUUGUUCGAGUAAAUAAUAAAAGGAAGAG